GAAAAGGCAUGGGCCGAUGUAUCGGGCAUGGUGAAGACAUACAGUGACGAAAUGGUGGAGCGGUGGAACAAGGUAAUUGAUACCUACCUCGUCUUUGCGGGUCUGUUCUCGGCGAUCCUCACGGCGUUCAACGUCCAGUCGUACCCGUUGCUUCAGCCGCCCACCCUCGAUCCCGUCACCGUCCUGCAGCAGAUCUCUCUACAGCUGCACAGCUUCGCGAUCAAUUCCUCCUUCGCCAACUCCACCGCGCCGUCGUCCGCUGGACCCUCGCCGCCACACACUGCCAGUGGGCCCGCUGCAGUGCCACAAUCGGCGAUUUGGCUCAACAUCCUCUGGUUCUCGGGCUUGAUCAUCAGUCUCACCUCGGCGCUCUUAGGCAUCCUGGUGAAACAGUGGCUGAACGAGUUUGUCAGUCUUGGACUAUCGGGAAACUCCCGCGAGGCGGCGCGACUGCGUCAAUAUCGCCUAAACAACCUCGUCAAGUGGCGUGUAGGGGAUAUCGUCAUCCUCAUCCCG